AUGGCAGAUGAAUAUGCCUUGCAUCUCACAAAAGCAGGAGGAAACAACAGGCCUGAGUUGAGUCUGGGCAAUGGGCCCAUCGUAGGCUUCCCAGCUCCGGUAAUAAACCGAUUCACAAGGCGCGCCUCAGUAUGUGCUGAAGCUUAUAAUCCUGAUGAAGAAGAAGAUGAUGCAGAGUCCAGGAUUAUACAUCCCAAAACUGAUGAUCAAAGGAAUCGAUUACAAGAGGCUUGCAAAGACAUUCUGCUGUUUAAGAACCUGGAUCCGGAGCAGAUGUCUCAAGUGUUAGAUGCCAUGUUUGAAAAAUUGGUCAAAGAAGGGGAGCAUGUAAUUGAUCAAGGCGAUGAUGGUGACAACUUCUACGUGAUCGAUCGAGGAACGUUUGAUAUUUAUGUGAAAUGCGAUGGUGUCGGAAGGUGUGUUGGUAACUACGACAAUCGUGGGAGUUUCGGUGAACUGGCCUUAAUGUACAAUACGCCCAGAGCAGCUACGAUCACUGCUACCUCUCCGGGUGCUCUGUGGGGUUUGGACAGGGUAACCUUCAGGAGAAUAAUUGUAAAAAAUAAUGCCAAAAAGAGAAAAAUGUAUGAAAGCUUUAUCGAGUCACUGCCAUUCCUUAAAUCUUUGGAAGUUUCUGAACGCCUGAAAGUGGUAGAUGUCAUAGGCACCAAAGUAUACAACGAUGGAGAACAAAUCAUUGCUCAGGGAGAUCUGGCAGAUUCUUUUUUCAUUGUAGAAUCUGGUGAAGUGAAAAUCACUAUGAAAAGGAAGGGCAAAUCCGAGGUGGAAGAGAAUGGCGCAGUAGAAAUUGCUCGGUGUUCCCGGGGACAGUACUUUGGAGAACUUGCUCUGGUCACUAACAAACCCCGAGCAGCUUCAGCGCACGCCAUCGGGACCGUCAAAUGUUUAGCCAUGGAUGUGCAAGCAUUUGAAAGGCUUUUGGGACCUUGCAUGGAAAUUAUGAAAAGGAACAUUGCCACUUACGAAGAACAAUUAGUUGCCCUGUUUGGAACUAACAUGGAUAUUGUUGAACCCACUGCAUGAAGCAAAAGUAUGGAACAAGACCUAUAGUGACAAAAUUACACAGUAGUGGUUAGUCCACUGAGAAUGUGUUUGUGUAGAUGCCAAGCAUUUUCUGUGAUUUCAGGUUUUUUCCUUUUUUUACAUUUACAACGUAUCAGUAAGCGGAGUAGUGAUUUAAUACUCUAUAGGCUUUAACAUCACUUUCUAAAGAAUAGAUCAAAACAAUAUUGACAUACUGAUGAAAUGACUUUGUACUCCACAAAAUUAUGAUCUCAGUGAGAGGUUUAUUCAAAUGAUUGUAAUAUAUUGAAAGUAUCUGUGUGCAAGAAGAUAAUUGAAGGGUGUUACCAUGGGCAACAUGUGUUCAUGUGGACUCCCUCGGAUUGCUGUGUUAGUGACUCUGCCCAUGUAAAAGGGAACUUGGCAGUGAACCAUGCUCUACAGCAUGGCAUCACAUUCUUUUUACAACUCGCUAUAUAUAUAGUCAGUACAAUUUUAAUCAUUUUUGUUUUCAAGUUUUUCUGGCUUGAUAAGUUAUGUGCUGGCCUUGGACUAUGGCAUAAAACAUCAUAUGCAAUUUUAAAACCUUUUAUAUUUUUGCAAUAAAGUAUGUUUUGACUUCUUUGGCCUAACGUCAGUAACCUACAUGUUCCAGUGGUUUUAAGGACGGGCAAUGUAGUCAUUAUGAUAAUAGGGAAGAGUCUUUUUUAGAGGAGAGAUCAUUAACACAGUUUCCUCAUAAAACAUAUAUCUACUUCCUUUUUUCAUUGUAUAGUUCUCUGUACUCUUAAAAAAUUUGAGUUCGACAUUUAAUGUCACAGUUUUUUUUAAUGCUAUUUAAACUUGUCUUAUAGAAGCUGAAGAUACUACAUAUGCUAAGGGGGGGAAAAAAACUGUCCUAUACCAAAAAUAUUUUGGAGUCCUUAUCUACACGCCCACAGGAUAUUUCUCGGUUCUUCACUAGGCAUACAUAACACAGUCCUCUGCAGACAUCUGUUCCCUUGGGUUUCCUUUAUGGUGGUAGAAAUAAAUUUUUAUAAACCAUACAUAAAGAUAAAAGGAAUUUCUGCCCAGUCCAGAUGUACCAUUAGACCUUGCCAUUUGCAUGAACAUAGACUCAAAUGUGCAGGAUGAACUCAGUUGUAUAAAUUUUCAUUGAUAAUUGAUAUACUUAUUAUUCUGCUAUAUAAGAUGAAUUAAAUUCCACUCAACCAAAGCAGUAUUAUUCUUAAUGUGAUUUCUAGGCCCACGUGACCACAGUGUUUGGAGAGGUUAAUUCUAACCAGUUGUUCACUUUUAAAUGAGCAAUUUCAUUUUGGGGAAACAGGUUUUAAAAAAACAUAUACCUGGGUAAAAAUAUUCUGUGGCUGUUAUAGUGUGGUGUUAUUAGAGAAUGUUUAUGGUCUGAGUAUAAUGAAAAUAUGGCUAAAAUAGGUUCAUCGGGUCAUGUAUAUGUAAACAAUAUGUAAAGUAUAACUUCAACCCCAUUUUAGAACACUGUUUAAUGAUUUUACAAACCUUCAUGUAGGAAGAGAGCUUACUACAUGAGGAUGACUUCUUUUCUACUUCAGAUUUUAUUUUAAAAGUCAUGUCUGUUAGACAAGAAAAAAAAAAAACUGCA